GCCACCGCGCUCUUUACUGUCCUCCUUCACUGUUUCCUGCUUCCUUCUGCAUUAUAACAUUCACACACACACUCUCCUCCACACACACUCACACACACCGUUUCAGAGGCACGUCUCACCAUGGGGAACUUUGUCGCCAAUGAGGGACUCUCCAUCUUUGUUAUUCUGGUCUGGCUGGGGAUCAACGCGUACCUGUUCGUCCAGUUCUACUUUAACUUCCUGACACCGAAGUGGUUUUACACCAGAGUCCUGCUCGGGCAUGCGCUGUCCUGGGCCAGAGCUCCUGCUGCCGCCCUCAACUUCAACUGUAUGCUCAUCCUGCUGCCCGUCUGCAGAAACCUCCUCUCCUUCCUCCGCGGCACCAUCCAGUGCUGCAGCCGCACGGCCGCGCGGCAGCUGGACAGAAACAUCACUUUCCACAAGCUGGUGGCGUACAUGAUCGCCUUCCACACAGCCGUGCACAUCGUCGCCCACUUGUUUAACUUCGAGUACUUCAUGGACGCCCAGCUGAAUCGGAACAGCAGCCUCCUGACCUUUGUCCUCUCUGAAAUCGGCACCGGGGACAACCUUCCCUUCCUGAACCCCAUCAGGACCAACGAGACGAACCCCACCAUCGUCAUGUUCACCACCAUCGCCGGGCUGACGGGCGUGGCCAUCACGCUCGCCCUCAUCCUCAUCAUCACUUCGUCCAUGGAGGUGAUCCGCAGGUCGUACUUCGAGGUGUUCUGGUACACACACCACCUCUUCAUCAUCUUCUUCAUCGGCCUGGUGUUCCACGGCUACGGACGUAUCGUGCGAGGACAGACGAAUAAAAGCCUGAACAUCAGCCGACCGGAGCGUUGCGCUGACCAGUUCGAAGACUGGGGAAAACCCGGGUCCAACUGCAGCGUACCAGUGUUCGCUGGAAACCCUCCAGGGACGUGGAAGUGGGUGCUGGCUCCCAUGAUCCUCUAUGUGUGCGAGAGGCUUGUUCGCUUUUACAGAUCCCACCAGAAAGUGGUCAUCACCAAGGUGGUGAUGCACCCCUCCAAGACCCUGGAGCUGCAGAUGAAGAGGAAAGGCUUCAGCAUGGAGGUGGGUCAGUACGUCUUCAUCCAGUGUCCGUCCGUCUCCCGGCUGGAGUGGCACCCCUUCACCCUGACCUCCGCCCCCGAGGAGGACUACUUCAGCGCCCACAUCCGUAUCGUCGGGGACUGGACUCAGGAGCUGUACGAGGCCUGCGGGGGGGACAAGAACGAGACCCAGGAGGCCUGGAAACUGCCCAAGGUCGCCAUAGACGGCCCGUUUGGAACCGCCAGUGAAGACGUGUUUCGUUACGAGGUGGUCAUGCUGGUGGGCGCGGGAAUCGGAGUGACUCCCUUCGCCUCCAUCCUCAAGUCUGUGUGGUACAAACGCAUCCAGAACAACCAGGACGUCUUCACCAAGAAGAUCUACUUCUACUGGCUGUGCCCGGAGACGCAGGCCUUCGAGUGGUUUGCAGACCUGCUGCAGUCGCUGGAGGGUCAGAUGACGGAGAAGGGCAUGACCGACUUCCUCAGCUACAACAUCUACCUCACCCGCUGGAAGGAGAACGAGGCGGCUCACUUCCGUGUUCACCACGAGGCGGAGAACGACCCGAUCACGGGGCUCAAACAGAAGACGCUUUACGGGAAACCCAACUGGGACAACGAGUUCACCAACAUCGCGACAACGCACCCGGGAACUAAAGUGGGAGUGUUCCUGUGUGGUCCGCCUCAGCUGGGGAAAUCUCUGGAGAAGCAGUGUCGGUCCCACACGGAGGCCGACGUCAAGUUCAUCUUCAACAAAGAAAACUUCUAAAGAAAAACAACAACUGCUGGAAAACGACCGCAACAAGGAGAGAGAGGGAACUUCCCUCCAGCAGUGAGACUGAGGCCGAGCUGCAGUUUUCACCAGCAGCUUCAUGAGUGUGAAUGUACCUGACUUCAGUCGGGAGGCUGGAGACUUCAGUCAGCGCUCAGCCGGACUGUUCCUCUGCUUGUUGCUUCUCACCACAAAACUUUUGCAAAGAUGCCAGUGUUGCUCAAAAAAGAAGGAAAUACCCCCGUGGUAUUUUCCACAUUACUUUGUUCUCCUUUUGUGUUACAUCAGUAAGUGAAACGCUGCUGCUGCUUUCAAAACUUUCCUCAGCUUCCUGUGUGCUCCUGCCGGGUGGACAUCAUCACAGUUUCUGAACCUGGUGAUCAAAGCUGCUCAAAGUGAGUCUGCUAAAAAAUACAGAAGGAAUCCUCCAUCAGUGUCAGUGUCUCAGCACGUGACGGUUUUCUACAGUGACUGAAUGUCUUGUUUGUGAGUUUAGAUAAAAGUGGAAGCAGAGGAGAGUGGGUGUGGAUGAUGGAUGGAUUGAUGGAUGAAGUGUUCAGUGUCUCUAUUUUUUAAAAUAAAUCUAACAGCAGCUGAUGAUCACGA